AUGACACCCUACGCGGUCACAGUGCGCUAUUCCUUCCCUAGUUCUUCGUCCACAACUUCCGAGGCGGCCGGUCAUGUCAUCCCCCUCUUUUGCCCCCGCUCCGCCGCCUGCUGCUCUCUGCUCUGCAGUCUGCACCAUGCUGCAGCUCCUGCUCCCUCGUUGCUGCGUCUCCGUCAAUGCCGCCAUCCAACCGCCCACCACCCAGCCGCUAUAUCCCUCCCCCCAGGCCUCCUCCUCCACCACUUCACCUCCCCGCUCAUCAACCCCUCUCUGCCGACCCGGUGCGCUCUCAUGGAGGCAGCCGCCAUUCUUUUCUCCAUGCGCCACCCCGGCGCCGUGCCGCCUGGCGAGGUUCCCGCGCGGCCGGACAUUGAUUUGAACAGGGCGGCUAAUGACGACGAGGGCGGCGGCGGCGGGGCGGCCGAUCACUCGACAAGGGACGGCGGUGCAACUGCCGCCGACGGAUUUGCACCGGCUGCACAUGCUGAUUCCGCGACGAAGUUGCUGCCUGAAACGGUUCUGCACAAUCAAAAUGGCAAUGCCGAUUCACGGGGGAGUGCUGGAAUUCGUGGUGGGUCUGCCGAGGGAAGAGCUUCCAAGCCUAGAGGCAAGGGCUUCGGCAGAGUUACUGAUGGUGCACAGACUUACCAGAUUCAAAGUGGCAAUGCGUCUCCACGGGGGAGGGCUGGAGGGCGUGGUGGCGCUGCCAAGGGAACAGGAAGGCCGCCGUCCAAGCCUAGAGGCAAGGGGUUCAGGGUUCCAGUUGGUGUGCAGGCUGACCUGCCUCAACCGGACCUCCCUGGAGAGGCAGCCGGUGCAGGCAGAGUCCAGCAAGACCACGGCUUGAACAAGGAACGUGAGAGUGAAGCCAUGAUAAGGCCACUGCCUGAGAGGGUUGAAGUUGGUGAUUCCCCAAUAUAUGUAACUGGUAGGAAGUUAGGUAACGGUAGCUCUUGCAAGGUCUAUGUUGGCAGACGACUAGGUAUGCCUACUGGAGGCUACAAGGGUCUAAAUGCAAUGGAGGUUGCGCUAAAAUUUGAGCAUCGGAGGAACCAAGCAGGUAGCUGUGACCCCCCACUUGAGUGGCAAGCCUAUCAGACUCUCAAUGGUUGUUAUGGCAUACCUCCGGUAUACUACAAGGGUCGCCAAGGAGACUACUACAUUCUUAUAAUGGCUAUGCUUGGUCCUACCCUCUGGGAUGUUUGGUAUUCACAAGGACAGAAGAUGUCAUUUCAAAUGGUUGCUUGUAUUGCCGUUGAGGCCAUAUCAAUUCUUGCGAAGAUUCACUCCAAAGGCCUUGUACACGGUAAUGUAAAACCUGAUAACUUUUUGUUUGGUCAACGUGGAUCUGCUCAUGAAAAGAAGCUUUUUCUGACUAGUUUUGGUUCAGCAUCCAACUGGAAAUGCAAAAGAGGAUCAUCCAGUGUGCAUGUUCAGUAUGAUCAGCGGCCAGACAUAUUUAGGGGAACAAUUAGAUAUGCUAGCGUUCAUGCUCAUUUAGGUCAUACAAGCAGUAGGAGGGAUGAUUUGGAGUCACUAGCAUACACCCUUAUAUUGUUAUUACGAGGACGCUUGCCAUGGGAAGACUGUCAGGGAGAUAACCAGAGCUUUCUUGUUUGUAAGAAGAAAAUGGAGACAUCUCCAGAGAUGCUCUCUAGCUCCUGUCCAGCUCCAUUCAAACAUUUUCUUGAGAUGGUUACUACUAUGAAAUUUGAUGAAGAGCCAAAGUACCGACAACUUGUUUCUCUCUUUGAUGAUUUGAUUGAAGGACCUGCUUCUUUAAGACCCAUCAGGAUCGAUGGAGCUCUACAGGGUGGACAUAAACGUGGAAGAAUGGAUGUAAAUCUUGAAGAAAAUGAGCAGUCUAUAAAAAAAGUUCGGUUGGGGAGUCCAGCAACUCAAUGGAUUUCGGUUUAUAAUGCUAGGUGGCCCAUAAAGCAGCGCUACCACUGUAAUGUAGCUGAUUCAAGGAUGCACCAACAUAUCCAAAAAGGUAAUGAAGAUGGCUUAUUCAUUAGUUGUGUAGCUUCUUCAGCAAAUUUGUGGGCUGUUGUCAUGGAUGCUGGUACUGGCUUUGCUAAUCAAGUUAUCAAGCUUUCGCAAAAAUUCCUGGACAAGGAUUGGAUAAUGGAGAAGUGGGAUAAUAACUUUUACAUAACAGCAAUAGCUGGGGCAGCAAAUGGAAGUUCAUUGGUUGUAAUGUCCAAAGGAACUCCAUAUACACAGCAGGGAUACAAAGUGAGUGAACAUUUUCCAUAUAAGUGGAUCAAUAAAAGGUGGAAAGAAGGUUUUCAUGUAACAUGUAUGGGUACUGCUGGGAAUCGUUGGGGAGUUGUCAUGUCGAGGAACACGUGCUACUCUGACCAGGUAGUUGAGUUAGAUUUUCAGUAUCCAAGUGAAGGACUCCAUCAGCGAUAUGGCGCUGGUUACAGAAUUACCUCGUGUGCAGCCACGCCUGACCAAGCUGCUUUUAUCAUGAGCAUAACCAAGAAGUCAAAGACGAAACCUAUGGACGAAACUCUUCUAACUUCUGAUUUCCCCAGCAAGCAUAUAAAGGAACAAUGGGAAAAGAACAUGUACAUCGCAGCGAUCUGCCAUGGGCGAACCACAUGUUGA